UCAGCCUUCUCCUUAUGAGUGUUUUUAUCUGGAUGGCUAUCCUCACGUGGUGUGUAAGCCAAACGUCUUUAACCAAGGCACGAUUCAACAACGAAACCGACGAACAAUUGUAUGCACAGCCUUACAACCGCCGCAUAACUCAUUCAGAGAGAGUUGCGCCGACAUAUGCCACGCCUAGAACUGUUUCCAACGCAGUGUGUGUGAUCGGCUUCUAUACGGAGACAGAGCGGAAACACCUCCAACGUGUCAGGGGACAUCUGCAGCACGAUGGCGAAUGCGCCGGAAGUGACUGGAUUCACCGUUCACCGGCACGACGACCUCCCGUCCAUACCGAGAACGAAGGUGUACGUGAUGUUCGUGGAUUUCAAUGAAAGGAGUGUCAUUCUCGAAGACCCACGGAAAGGACUCGGAGAUCUCAGGUUGCUUACCAUGCGACAGUUGUGGAGCCUUGGAGGAGACGCAAUACUGGUGUACUGUGGAGAUGUAGGAUCCAGACAUCUUAAGGGAAAUGAUUUAUUCAACAGAGACUUGACGUCCAUCUACCACCACCAGGAACUCUCUUUGCUGAAAAACCAGGAACGAAUGCUCAGCAUACACGGCCAAUUUACGCCUUACCAAGAAACCCAUAUCAGGAAUAUCAUUUUUACAAACUGUUGCUAAAAGGACUUGAUCCAGUUUUAUAUACAUGUUUAUGUUUUGCUUUGCUUGGUUCUUUUCUCUUUUGCCAUUUCUUGUAUACAAUGUGACCUAAGGUACUGCAAACAGACGUUCGGAAGAUCCGUUCAACUUGUAUGCGUAUACUGAUACCAUACCAUUGAAUAAUGUUAUUACUACUGGGCAACAUAUUUCAUAGGAACUGUCAUUCUCUCUUGCCUUUCCAAUCGUUUAUCAAUGUAUUAUAAAAUUAAAAGUUGCAAACUUGACAAAACAAACUAACAAACCCCACACCCCGCCAAGAAAACAAAUAGUCUGGAGGCAGAAUUUAAAAAGUGGCUCUAGACAGAAUUUCGUUCUACCCGAUAGAGUCGAAGCGACCACCAUGUGUGAUGACGUGCUGCAUCAUACUCUAGUGGAGGUCAACUUUGAAAAGUGUGUGUGUGUGUGUGUGUGUGUGUGUGUGUGUCCACAGGUCAUUAGAGGUCAAGGAUGUACAAAUUUGAAUUAACAAUUGUUUUUCAUAAAUGUUAUCUUCAUAGUCCUACCUUUUAUGUGGGAUUACUUAUAAACACAAAUAACACUGAAUUAGCCAAACUAUUGCUUUAAAACUUUGAUUUCCAUAUCAUUCAACACAAAAUCUUAAAUUUAACAUCAAUUUUCAGUAGUAGCAGUAGAAGUAGUAUUAGUGU